AUGCAGAUGCGCGGCCCGCCGGAGCCCCACGGCAAACUGCAGGAGAAGGGCGCGCUGCACCAAUUUCAGCCGGGCAUGUUCGUGAUCUUCGUUUCGCACCAGUGGCUCAGCUCUGCGCAUCCGGACCCCCACGGUGAGCAGAUGAAGGUUCUGCGGGAGACCCUUGGUGGGGUGAUUGACGGGACAGUGGAGGUUACAGAAGACAUCGCCUCUCGCCCCGACGAGAAGCGCCUGUCGCCUGGCACUCGCCAACAGAUCGCCGACGGGUUCCUCUUCCUCGACUGGUUCGCGAUCCCUCAGAUCACAGCUCGGAUGCCCGGAGUCAAUGAGGAGGCCACGAAGACCGACGCGGCUCUGGCGGUUCAGAGCAUUCCGGCCUAUGUGGAGCUCUGCAAUCUCUUCCUGGCAUUGGUGCCGCAGCUGCCUCACAAAGAUUCGGCUCAGCACGUGAACUAUGCCACGUGGAUGUCCCGAGGGUGGUGCCGUGCUGAGUUGUGGUGCCGACUUCUGUCAAGCAAGUCCGACACCUCCGUCAUUGUUGUGUACUCUGCCACGGACGCCGAGUUUAUGUUCCCACUGGACUGGCAGAACAGAAGCAUUGUGGAUGGGGAUUUCACCAUUGAAGCCGACCGCGCAGCGGUCGUCCGACUGGGUGAGGCGGCCGUGGAAGGUAAGAUCCGGCACUUGCAAGAGAAAGGCCCUUUGUCCGACUACCGCUUUUGGGCAGCCCUAUGCCCGAACCUCCUUCGUCGGCAGAGGAAAUGGAGACACUUGGACGAAUUCCUGCGACACUUCCAGUUUGCCAACUUGAGAGAAGCCGUGGAGGACGACACCGGCAUGAAUGCAGUCAUGUGCGCGGUCUUUUCUGGCGACGCCCAGACUCUGCGACUGCUGGCAGAGAGCCGUGCAAACAUGAACCACGCCCUCGAAGGCAUGAGCAGUCUUGGGUACUUCGAUACGCAGACGGCACUGAUGGCAGCAGCGAAGUCGCGGCAGGAGGCUGCAGUCCUCGCGACACUCCUCGAACUUCGCGCUGAUGUCAAUGCCCGCGCCAGAACUGGCCUGCAUGUGCUAUUCUUUUGCCGAACACCCGAGCAUGUGAAGACACUCAUGGAACAUCGUGCAGAGAUGCCACGGGACAUCUUGAGUGGCGCUGCGUCCUUCGCCUGUCCGGAUACAGUUCAAGCGCUUAUCUCGUACCGCUGCGACCCCGGCAGGGCUUCACCAGUUUCGGCCAGUGGGAAUGCCAGCCCACUGCAUGCUGUCGCAUUGCUUUCGCGCGGCAAUCGCAGAGCAGUGGAGACUGCCAAGCUGCUUUUGGCACAUCGUGCUGAUGUGAACUUGCCCUACGUGCCGCCAAGAGCCCUUACUUGGAAGAUCCGAACAGCUCGCCUCCGAACGGCGGUCUUCGGAUAUUCAAACUGCAACAUGAUGACGCGCUUGUAUGCUGACUUUCCCGGCAUCUCACCCCUGGGCGUCGCGACCCUGGUUGGUCACGAGCAGCUGAUCCAGCUCUUCCUCGAGUUUGGGGCUGAAUCCUUCGCCAACGACGCCGGCCGCGAGCCCGAAGAUCUGGCUCAAAGCAGCCACCACCAUAAUCUCCUCCCCAUGCUGGCCACGUUCGCGACGUAG